ACGAAGUUGGGAGCAGGAGAGAGACGCGGAGUUUCCAGACGGAUAAGGACGCCGCCCCCGUCCCCGGGGACCGCUCUUUCUACCCUGCCUCUGCCAGCCCCUCCCCAGCCGUCCCAGCCCCUUGCUCCGGCCACCUGAUUGCUUUGGGCAAGAAUGAAGGCCGGAGACCCCACGACUACCCCGGAGGCCCAGUCGGCCGCCGUGGCUCUGGGUCCGCCGCGUUCCUGGGUCUGCCCGGCUGACGUGCGGCUCUGCGGCCACCUGCGGAAGCAGAAGUCCCAGCGCCGCCGCUUUUUUGUGCUCCGCGCCGACCCGCCGCGCCUCGAAUGUUACGAGAGCGAGAAGAAGUUCCGCGCCGGCCGAACGCCGCCCAAGUUCAGCGUGAGCCUGGGGGGCGCCUGCACCAUCAGCAAGCGCAUGGACGCGCGCCAGCGCCACCUGAUCGUCCUGUACACGCGCGACCGCAGCCUGGGCGUGGCGGCGGCCAGCGAGGCGGAGCAGCAGGCGUGGUACGGCGCCCUGCUCGAGGCGCGCGCCGCCGCCGGUGAGGCCCCAGCCCCGCGCCGCGGGAGAUGCAGCUGGUGGAGUCCCAGUUCCCCCGAGGACCCCGGGGCCUGGAUCCUCGCUCCGUUUCAGGACGUCUGGCCUGUGACUCUGCGACCCAAGGGGCUGGGGCGGGCACGAGGCCUGGGCAGCGGCGGCUACUGCCUGUGCCUGGGUUCCGGGGUACUGAGCCUGCUGCGGAAGCCAGGGGGCAGAGGCUCCGGGGCCACCGGGGCAUCUCCGCCGCCAGCCCUGCGCCUGUCCCUGCUCAGCGUGCGCCGCUGCGGCCACGCAGACUCUUUUUUCUUCCUGGAGCUCGGCCGUUCAGCACCCACGGGUCCCGGGGAGCUCUGGCUACAGGCGCCCGACGCCGUGGUGGCCCAAAGCAUUCACGAGACAGUUCUGGCCGCCAUGAAGCGAAUCGGGGACAGUGGUGCUGUUGGCAGGGCUGAGCCACUGCCAAGAAAGCCCCCAACGGGCGCCUUCAGACCCUCUGUCCCCCAAUCUUAUGAGACCCCAGACUCUGCAGCCCAAACAAGCGAGCUGAACCGUCGGGAUGGCCCGAGUGAGACCAGCGAGCAAGCAACCAAGACCCUGGCAAGGCUGGGGGAGGCAGCCUCCAACCCCGUGAGGUUGGAGCGGAGCGGGGGCUACAUAACAAUGGGAGCCGGGAGUGACUACGAGCCCAUGAAGGGCGGCCAAGCCGGCGGCUACGUGGUGAUGGAGCCCCCGGGCCUUCCCGCCUCCACCAAAGCAGCUCCCCGCCUGCCGCUCCAGGAUGGAGGGGUCACUGAAUACGUGACCAUGAGCUGCUGUGCACCACGGUCCUUUUCCUCAGGUUUCUUGCCUCUUUCCUCCGGGGCCGGGGAGCCUGGACCCGGGCUCCAAGGCUCUCCUCUCGGCAUCAGAGACGGCUGGGGACGGGCUGGGGCUCAGCCCUGCUUGCAGCCGCCGUCAGAGUUAGCCGGGGAAUACGUGUGCAUUGAGUAUGCGGCCGCGGACUACAUAGGAAUGGGCACUGCCAUCCCGGAGACCCCAGACCGUGGCCUCAACUACGUGGACCUGGAUCUGGUCCCUCCCCUGGAGGUGCGGGGCCACGCCCCCGGGGCCAGGCCCCGCCCACACAGCUACGCUCGGCUGGAGUUCCAGAACCUCGCGGAGACCCGGAGUUCCUGCAGCAUCACUCCAGACUCUCAAGUCGGCUUCGGCCCCCCACCCUGCCCCUGACGAUGACAACAUCGAUGAUGCAAAAGACAUACAGAUCUGGCUCUCCCCCAACCCACCUGCAGGUUUGCCGGGUGUCUGCCAGUCCUGGGACCCCAGCGCAAGAGGGAUGA